GUAACAAGGGCAGUUGACUAGGACAAUGUUGGUAAAACUAUUCUAUACCCAUAUGAGCAGUAUAAGUAAUAGAUGUCGGAAAGCAUGUGUUGGCAGCUUUGUUCUAAUAAGCAAUAAGAAAUUUAGAUGGCGAUCAUGGGAAGGUGCAACCAUUUCAUCUUUGCAUUGCUGGGUGGUAUGGCUCUUACUCUUCUGGUUCAUGCCCAGGAUCAAUCAGGCUUCAUUAGCAUAGAUUGUGGGUCACCAGCAGAUUUUAGCUAUAAGGAGCCCAGAACAGGCAUAAAUUACAUUUCAGACGCGACCUUCACAGACACUGGUAUAAGCAAGAGCAUAUCAACUGAGCUUAAUAAAGAUGACUAUCAACAGCAAAUAUGGACUCUAAGAAGCUUUCCUGAUGGAAUCCGAAACUGUUACAGAAUAAAUAUUGCAGAAGGAGUCAAAUAUUUGAUCCGAGCAACCUUCUUGUAUGGGAAUUAUGAUGGACAAGAUAACUUCCCAGAAUUCGAUCUGCAUCUGGGACCAAAUAUGUGGGAUACGGUCAAAAUAAAGAAUGCGUCAUAUACUCUCAACUUGGAGCUCAUACAUGUCCCAACUCUAAAUUAUAUACAUGUCUGUCUUGUAAACACAUACCUCGGCACACCGUUUAUAUCAGCAAUAGAGUUACGGCCAUUGAAUGAUGAGGUGUAUGUGACAGAAUCUGGAUCACUGGCACUCUUUACGCGCACGGAUGAUGGUUCACUAACUGAUAAAAUGUACAGGUAUGAAGACGAUAUUUAUGAUCGCAUUUGGAAGCCUGAUAACUAUGAUAAGGUAAUAGUUACCUCGCUUUCUAUUGACUCCCAAAGUCAAAACGAUUACCAACCCCCAUCUGUUGUCAUGAGUACUGCUGUCUCACCAACAACCGACAGCUCUCCAUUGAACUUCUACUGGGACUCAGAAACCGCAACUUCCGAAUAUUAUAUCUACAUGCACUUUGCUGAAGUUGUAAAGCUAAAAGCCAAUCAGUCUAGAUCAUUCAAGAUUACAAUAAACGGGGAGCCCUUUUAUGGACCUUUUGUUCCGGAGUACUUGUCCACAAACACUUUGUAUAGCCCAUCGCCCUUGACUAUUGCCAAAAAAUAUGAAGUUUCAAUCUUCAAAACAGAGAAUUCAACGCUUCCACCCAUCCUUAAUGCAGUUGAGAUAUAUUCCGUGAAAAAUCUCUCGCAAUCAGAAACGGACCAACAAGAUGUUGAUGCCAUCACAAAGAUCAAGUCAACGUAUGGAGUAAAGAAAAAUUGGCAAGGAGAUCCGUGUGUCCCUCAAGCAUACUUGUGGGAAGGUCUAAAUUGUAGCUAUGAUGGUUAUAAUUCCCCUAGAAUUAUUUCCUUGGACUUGUCUUCUAGUGGAUUGACCGGAGAGAUAUCUGCUGACAUAUCAAAUCUCGUAAUGUUACAAGAUUUGGAUCUAUCAAACAACAGCUUAACGGGAUCAAUACUAUAUUCUUUGUCUCAAUUGAAGUAUUUGAGGGUCUUAAACUUAGACCGAAAUCAGCUCAAUGGUUCUAUUCCAGCUGAACUCAUAAAAAGAUCAAAGACUGGUUCACUAUUGUUAAGUGUGGGAGAAAAUCCAAACCUUUGUGCGUCAGAUUCAUGUGAAAGGAAAAAGACGAAGAACAAUAUUGUUGUUUUAACACUAGCCUCAGUUUUUGGUUUUCUCAUCCUAUCAUUGAGUAUAGCGGCUAUCUUUUGUGGGCUUACAAGGAGGAAAAAGCAAGAUAAGACUAGAGUUGCGCUAGUUGAUACCCAACCAAACGUCCAGAAUCGGCCACUGGAGUCAAUGCAACGACAAGUGACAUAUUCUGAUCUCCAAAGAAUCACCAACAACUUUGAGAGGAUUCUUGGUAAGGGUGGAUUUGGAACAGUUUACUAUGGCUGCAUAGAUGGAAUUCAUGUAGCAGUGAAGGUGUUCUCUCCAUCAUCAGUCCAAGGGUAUCAACAAUUUCAAGCAGAGGUAAAACUUCUUAUGAGAGUUCAUCAUAAAAACUUGACUACCCUUGUCGGGUAUUGCUACGAAGGAACCAACAUGGGACUCGUUUACGAGUACAUGGCCAACAGAGACUUAGAAACACAAUUGUCAGGUCAUAAAACAAAUAUCUUGAGUUGGCAAGCAAGACUUCAAAUAGCAAUUGACGCAGCUGAAGGUUUGGAGUAUUUGCAUCAUGGUUGUAAGCCACCCAUAAUCCAUAGGGAUGUGAAGACCACAAACAUUUUGUUGAAUGAAAAGUUCAAUGCCAAACUAGGGGAUUUUGGUCUAUCAAAGAUUUUCCAAAUUGAUAGCAGCACACAUGUGUCGACAAAUGUCGUUGGCACCCCUGGAUACCUGGACCCUGAGUACUACAAAUCGAACCGGUUAAAUGAAAAAAGUGAUGUAUACAGUUUUGGAGUUGUUCUAUUGAAGAUUAUUACAAAUCGACCUGUGAUCGAAAGAUCCCAUGAAAGGACUCACAUAAGCCAAUGGGUGGGUUUCAUGCUUGCUAAAGGGGACAUUCAAAAUAUUGUUGAUCCAAGGUUGGGUGGAGAUUUCAAUGUUAACUCAGUUUGGAAAGCUGUUGAAGUAGCAGUGGCUUGUGUAUCUCCAACUUCGAGUAGAAGGCCAACCAUGAGUCAGGUAGUCGCAGAACUAAAGGAAAGUUUGACAACUGAAUUAUCUCAAAAGAUAGAGGGCUAUAGGGUUGAAUUGAAAGAUUCAUUUGAAAUGAUCAAUAUGGAUCUCAGUACCGAACUCAAUCCUUUAGCAAGGUAAAAUGUUUCUAAAAAUCAAAGUUGGCGUUUCGGAUCUUGAACCUUAAUAAAAAUUACUACUAAAGUCUAUGGCCACUGCCAUUUGACGUCUUGAUUCGGAUUUUUUGUAUUUUGUUUUUUGUAAGAUAUAAAUAAAAUAAGAAAUAACCCUCCCAUUUUUUUUGUCAAUCAAAUUAAGUGGGAAGGUGUGAGCCAUUUACACAUGCUUGGAUAUUUAUCUGUCUCUGAUAAGGGAGAUUUUAAUGUAUAAUGGAUUAUUUUAAUGUACAUGUUGUCAUUACACAAA